AUGCGUGCCUUCGAGCAGGGCAAGGUGAACAUCGGGGUGGAUGGAACCUUGGUGAAGUCUAGGCAUAUGCCCGAGCCUCUCCUGGAAGCCAACGAGGCAACGACCCUGGCGAUCCAAGACUGCCUGGACGAAGGAUGUUCGGUGGAGGCAUUGAUGGAGCUGGAUCAGAAGCUGGCCAGGGAUGAAGGGAAGAUUAAGGCGGCCUUGGAUCAGCUUCACGACAUGCAGAGCCAAGAGUACUGCGAGGAUUCUGCCGAGCAGAUCGCUUGGCUCAAGAACUUCCUGGAUCGCUCCGGCAGCCUCAGGGCGCAGCUUAUGGCGGUGAAGACUCUUCAGGCGCCCGGGGACUUUGCCUCCCAGCUGAUGAAAGCUGCGGCCGUUGCCUUUGGGGCUGGUAGGCAUGGCGACUACCCCAAGGUUGGCGUGUCCCCAUAUUCUUCUUAG